AUGGAGCUCACAGACUCGUACAGAAAGCCUGGGCAAAAGGAUGAGAGCGACGACUCGGCCCGAGUGCCAGCAAAGCUGUCGUCGGCGGGUUUUACUCUGAUACCACAACCCUCGGAUGAUCUCAAAGAUCCUCUAAAUUGGUCUUCAUUGAAAAAGGCUACUACACUUUUCAUCUGGUGUUUCGGAUCCUUCGUCACUACAGCUUCCGGCCUAGGAAAUGCUCUUGGGUACUUCGUUCAAGCCAAAGUCUACAACAAGCGAGAUCCAAUUGUUCUUUCAUAUUCCGUAGUCGCGGCCACUGCAGGCAUAGCCAUCGGACCCCUCUUCGCGGUACCCCUUGCGCGCCGUUAUGGACGAACAUUCAUCUUCUUUUGGUCCCUGGUCGGCCUUUUAGUCACGGGAAUAUGGUCCGCCACUAUGACCGGCUCGAAUCAAUACGGAGCCUUCGUCGCAGCGCGGCUCUUCGGAGGUCUCUUUGGUGGAACCGCCCCAACGCUUGGUGCUGACACUAUCGUGGAUAUCUUCUUCCUACACCAGCGGGGAAAGGCCUUCACUGUGCUGAAUCUCUCCUUUCUUGCCGGUGUCGUCGUGGGUCCAACCCUGAGUGGGUUUAUUGUUGGCUCUACAAGCUGGACCGUACAGUUCUGGUGGAGUAAUGGUCUUGAAGGCAUCAUUAUCAUCCUCACUCUCGCACUGCUGGAGGACACAUAUUAUGAUCGCACACCGGAGGGCGGGGAAUACCGUGGCAGAUGGCCAGAAAAUUUCUUUGCGAACAGGGUAGCGACAUUCUUCUGUGGACCUCGCAUGAUUCCAUCCAUAUCGAUGGCCGAAACUUUCCAGAUCUUCUGCAACUCUUUCCUUAUUGGCAUCUGCCCCGUCACCAUUCUCUGCGGCGCCUUGACCCUCGUCGACUUUGGCUUCGCCGCAUUCUUCAACAUCAUCUUAACAGUCUUCCUACAAGACUCCGUCGUAAUGGGCGGCUACGCUUUCACACCCGUGCAGAAUGCAGAGUGCAAGUCCCAUCUCAUCGAUUCUCCAAUCGUGAAUAUUCACUGA